AAUGACCGUUGAAAACUGAAAUUUCUGGCUCUUUAUAAAUUUUGGUCAAAAAUUGUCAGACUGCAAUUGAAUUCAGUCAGUGACUGAGGUGUUCUCGAAGGAUAUACUCUAAGCAAAAUAAAUAUGCUUUCUGAAGUGCUAAUUCUUCUACUCCUCUCGAAAUGUACCUUCGCUCACACGUCUUCCAUAUGUGCUAAUGUACCUGAUGGUCAUUUCGUUCGAAGUUCUCAAUCGUGUAAUUCAUAUAAUCGUUGCGAUAACGGUCAGCCGACUCAUGGAAUGUGUCCGAAAGGAUAUUCCUUUCAUCCAUCGGGUCAGACGUGCAGCCGUAAUAUUGAUGUCGAUUGUCAAAAGUGUUCGCCCUAUGGAAUUCAAAACAUUCCUCAUCCAGAUGAUUGCUCAAUGUAUUAUCGGUGUGCUAAUGGAAUUCGCACAACAAUGAAAUGUUCGGAUCAGUUGCUGUUCGAUCGACACUUUGGGGAUUGCAAUUUAGCGCAACGUGUUAUCUGUGAACCGAAAAACCCCAUUUGUGAACAAUUUAGAGAGCUUGACUGGUUGGGUACAUUUAGAAUCGGAAAUCCAUUGGACUGUUCAAGCUUCUAUUACUGUAUCAAUGGAAAGGCAAUUGAGUCAAUUUGUCCAAGUGGUCUGUUCUACAAUCCUUAUACUGCGACUUGUGAAGCUAAGGAUACUGUAAAAUAUUGUCAGGGCAUUGGUCCGAUCAUUACAACGCCUCUACCUGAAAUCACUACUAGAGAAUAUACAACACCAUCAACUAAAGCCACAACUACAGUCAGAGUUAUUAGAGUAACCAAUCCAACGGCAACAACCACUGACGCAUCAACAACGACUCAGCGAACAACAACAGAAAUCAGCACUACGACAACCACUACAACAACGUCCACCACCGCUUCCACAACGACUACUGAAACUGUCCCAGAAACACCUCCCACAUCAACUACAGAAGAAACUACAUUGGAACCGGAACCAUCAACGCCGGACACAAUCCAAUAUCCAAAUUGUCCAGCAAGCACAACUGGUUAUUUUCCCAUGCCAUAUCCAGACAAUUGUACGCGUUAUUAUUAUUGCUCCAAUGGCAUACAAAGAUUUUCUCCGAUGACAUGUACGCCGGGAUUAUUCUUUACGCCGGGAAAUGAUCGAUGUACUGCAAAUGUUCCGCCUGGCUGUGAACAUUUAGUAGUAUGAAGGGAACAACCUGGAAUUAUUGAUCGAUUUAAUAAAUGACAUUGGCAUGCAUACUCUUU